GAGAUCUCGGCCGACACGACCACUUUUCCGACGCAACAAAGCCAAAACAUCGAUCGACAUUUUGCCAUCUUAUCUGAUGCUAUCCAGCCACGCAUGCGACGACAUGCCCUGUCACAGGACCACGCGUGAGCGUACACUAGUCUGCGGCUUGGUAGUCUUGCAUUGCGCGGCUCCAACAAUGCUGCUCCACAAGACUCUUUUCGCUUCACCAAGAAAUCGCCGAAUUACGAUAGCCUGGCUUCGUAUUUGAUCCUAGAGACAACCCGUUUCGAUUCGAGAAGAGACACCAGCCGACAAUCCAUUUCUUAUUUCUCAUCAUCGCAACCAUGCGUUCCAACGCACGUUUCGCCCUUGUCUCUGGGCUCGUCGCAGCGACAGAAGCAUCGCCGCUAAUUACUCGAGCAUCGAAUGGCACAUCACUCGCCGAUGUCUGCACCGUCGCCAACGUUCAGGCCAUACUUCCCUCGAAUGGAACUCUGCUCGGCAUCGAUCUGAUUCCAAGUGCGGUAACAGCCAGCGCGGUCUACAAUGCCACAACCGGCGGUGGCGUGAUGAAACGACAGGCAGGCGGAAGCAGCAGCAGCAGCACAGAGACUUUCACGUAUUGCAAUGUCACGGUGACUUACGCUCACACUGGCAAAGACGACAAAGUGGUUGUGAAAUACGCUUUUCCUGAGCCGUCCGACUUCAAGGACCGCUUCUAUGUCGCUGGAGGCGGUGGCUACAGUUUAUCGAGCGAUGCUACUGGCGGCCUCACAUACGGCGCGGUCGGUGGCGCAACAGAUGCGGGCUAUGAUGCAUUCAACUACUCCUUCGAUGAGGUCGUCCUUUAUGGCAAUGGAUCGAUCAAUUGGGAUGCAACAUACGCUUUCGGCUAUACCGCGCUGGGCGAGAUGACCAAAGUUGGAAAGUACAUUACGAAAGGCUUCUAUGGGAUGGAUGCGGACGACAAAGUUUACACAUACUACGAGGGGUGCUCGGAUGGAGGACGAGAGGGCAUGAGCCAAAUCCAGCGAUGGGGUGAAGAGUACGAUGGGGCGAUCACUGGUGCGCCAGCCUUCCGAUUCUCUCACCAGCAAAUCAACCACAUCGUUCCAGCAACCAUUGAGCAUACCAUGGGCUAUUACCCACCACCAUGUGCUCUCCAAAAGAUCGUCAAUGCCACCAUCGCUGCAUGCGACCCGCUGGAUGGCCGCACUGAUGGCGUGAUUUCUCGAACGGAUCUCUGCAAGCUGAACUUCAACUUGAGCUCACUCAUCGGCGAGAGCUACUAUUGCGCAGCCACCACCAGUUCUUCCCUGGGAUUCGGCUUUGGGCGGAGGAUGGCCAAGCGGCAAAUGGCUGGCAGCCAGACAAGCAGUACGCCAGAGCAGAAUGGCACAAUCACUGCUCAAGAUGUUGCAGUGGCACAGGGCGUCUAUGAUGGUCUACACAACUCUGCUGGCGAGCAAGCAUAUCUUUCCUGGCAGGUUGGAUCUGACCUCGGCGAUGCCGAGCCGACAUAUGAUAACACUACUGACUCAUGGACAUUGAACAUCCCUUCCACUGGCGGCUCAUGGGUGACCAAAUUCAUUCAGUUGCUGGACGUCGACAACCUGUCCGAUCUCGACGGCGUCACGUACGACACUCUCGUCGAAUGGAUGGACAUUGGCCUGAACAGAUACAUCGACAGCCUCCAAACCACGCUCCCAGAUCUUACACCUUUUCAACAGGCCGGUGGUAAGCUUCUCCACUACCACGGCGAAAGCGACAACUCCGUCCCAGCUGCGUCUUCAGUCCACUACUGGCAAUCCGUUCGCAAAAUCAUGUACGCGAACUUGACGGACGCUGAGGCUCAAGAAGCUCUUUCGGACUGGUAUCAAUUCUACUUGAUUCCUGGUGCUGCUCACUGCAGUGCGAAUACGCUCCAGCCAGGUCCAUACCCGCAAGACAACAUGCAAACCAUGAUCGCUUGGGUCGAGAAUGAUGUCAAGCCCACUCGUCUCAACGCCACUGUUGCUUCUGGCACAUACGAAGGAGAAGUUCAGGAGCUCUGCCAGUGGCCGACUCGUCCUUUGUGGAGCGGUAACAGCAGCACUUUUGAUUGUGUGACUGAUGCUGAAAGCAUCGAAAGCUGGACCUAUGAGUUCUCGGCAUUCAAGAUGCCUGUGUACUAGAACAUUCACACGAAGAAAUUCAUGCAAAAUAAAGGUUUGAUGUAAGGAGGCAUUUUGAGGCGAGACAGGCAACUCUUUCUCACAACGAUUGUGGAACCAGUCCAAACUCUCGGAUCAUGAGCUCUUUACUAAGCAAGGCGACAUCGACGGCAAACAACGACCUUCUCACAGUAGCUUUCAAUCAGUGGUAUCAAUAGGUAUUGGCAUCGAGAUGUGAUUGGUGGACAUGUUGAUCGAGACCUCGGCGCUGGCCAACGCUGGUUGGCUUCUGUUGCUGCCUAGUAGAUCGAUAAUUUCGAUGCUUCCGAAUGUAUACAUAGUUGUACCAAUCUCACAAUUUCUCGU